UGAACUUGCUUGUAACUUUUAAAAGUUCCGUCUCCCAACAGGCGUCAUUCUAUAAAUAUAUCCAGACCGUUUUCGGUCUGAAAAUAUCUUUGAAGAAAAAAAAAUAAAAACAGAAAGAAAAGAUGAAGAAGUGGAGAGAAAAAAGAGAGGAAAGAAAAGGGAAGAGAGAAAAGAAGAGAAGUAGAAGGGAAAGAAAGUGAGGGAGAAGGGAAGCAGAAAAAAGAAAAGGAAGAAAAAGAAGAAGGAGACGGGAGGCAGAAAGAGAGGAAGAAAGGAAAAGAAAGAGAGGAAGAAGAGGAAAUGAGGAAACGGAAGAGAAGUAGUGAUAUAUAUAAGACUUAUACGGACCGAGUUCGGACAUUACCAUCUUCUCGUGUUCUAAAUUCAUUUCUGCGAAAUAAAUUCAUUUCUGCGAAAACCAAUUGCAUGUACAUCGACCCUACAGUCCCUCGGAAUCACAAAACCAUCGAUUGUCUAACUGAAAUUAUCUUUCGAUACUACGGAGUAAUAUCGUUGCAAAACCACGAACGUAUAAGUUAAAGGUUAUUAGAGAUAAUGUUACGUAAUGCUCUUUCGGAGUAAUAAGCAAAUAAAAUUCAUUUUUUUUCUUAAGGUUAACCACUUUGCCUUGCAAACAUUCGGAACGUUACGGUUUAAAACAAGAGUAGAACGACUUAAGCAUGAAAUAACAAAAAAAAAAAAUAAAAGCUGUUGUUCAUUGGAAUAUUCGGACCGAUCCUGGUCCGUAUAUAGAUAUACGGACCGGGAUCGGUCCGAAUAUAGGCAAUCCGUGGGAUUUUUUUAUCUUAAAGCUAAAUUAAAUUAAGUAUGAAUAUAUACGGACCGGUAUUGGUCUGAAUAUAUGCAAAGAAUCCAGAUGCUUCCAUGCUUUUCAUUUUUCAGACCGAUUUUGGUCCGAAUAUAGUAGAAAAAAUCCACAAACUUCUUCCAAUGCACAUUUUUAUUCUUUUCAUUUAAGGACAUUACCAUCUUCUCGUGUUCUAAAUCCAUUCCUGUGAAAACCAAUUGCAUAUACAUCGACCCUACAGUCCCUUGGAACCACAAAACCAUCGAUUGUUAAGCUGAAAUUAUCUUACGAUACUACGGAGUAAUAUCGUUGCAAAACCACGAACGUAUAAGUUAAAGGUCAUUAGAGAUAAUGUUAUGUAAUGCUCUUUCGAAGUCAUAAGGAAAUAAAAUUAAUUAUUUUUA